GACGUGGUCCGUCCCCUCCUCUAUCCAGUUCUCUUUAGUGUUUGCCAAUGUCGGAGGUGUAACUGGGGUCUGGCUCUGGACAAAGGAAUAGAGCAUGGCUCAAGUGAAAGUACAGACCUCAGCACCCCUGGCUGGUCCUGGCCUCUCCCCCGGAGUUCCCCCGACGGCCAUGGCCAGCCCAGGAUCCCUGGGUCUGCAGCCCUCCGUCAACGGCACAGGCCCGGCCCCCACACCCGCCUGCCCUGCUCCUGCAGUCGGAUAUGGGGACGCCCCUGUGUCUAUCACACCACCAGGCUCGCCCCAGGAGAACAUGGCAAACCCUAAAGAGAAAACUCCAAUGUGUUUGGUGAAUGAGUUAGCCCGUUUCAAUAGGAUCCAACCACAAUACAAGCUCCUCAAUGAGAGAGGCCCUGCACACGCUAAGAUCUUCACAGUGCAGCUGACUCUGGGGGAGCAGGUGUGGGAGGCGGAGGGCACCAGCAUUAAAAAGGCCCAACACUCCACAGCCGCCAAAGCGCUGGACGAGAGUGUCCUCCCAAGGCCUGCGCCCCGCUCCCCUAAAGUGGACAUCAACAGUAACCCAGGCAGUAUAACACCCACAGUGGAGCUGAACGGUCUGGCCAUGAAGAGAGGAGAGCCAGCUAUAUAUAGGCCUUUGGAUCCUAAGCCCAUGCCCAACUAUAGAGCAAACUACAACUUCAGAGGGAUGUUCAACCAAAGGUACCAUUAUCCUGUUCCUAAGAUCUUUUAUGUGCAACUCUCAGUGGGAACUAAUGAGUUUAUUGGCGACGGACGCACCCGCCAAGCGGCACGACACAGCGCUGCCAUGAAGGCCCUGGAAGCCCUGCGCAAUGAACCUAUUCCAGAACGGCCACCCCAGAGUCCAGAAGAGAAAGGGGAGAUUGAGGAAGGUACAGAUGCCAGCAAAUCAGAGAUCAGCCUGGUCUACGAAAUUGCCCUCAAGAGGAAUUUGUCUGUCAACUUUGAGGUGUUGAAGGAGAGCGGCCCCCCGCACAUGAAAAGCUUCCUGACUCGUGUCUCUGUGGGGGAGUUCUCUGCCAAUGGUGAAGGAAAUAGCAAGAAGCUGUCCAAAAAGCGCGCCGCUCUGACCAUUCUGCAGGACCUGAAGAAGCUGCCCUUCAUCCCCGUCGUGGAGAAACCCAAGACGCACUACAAGAAACGCACCAAAACCAUCCUCAAGACGGGACCAGACUACGGCCAGGGCAUGAACCCCAUCAGUCGUCUCGCCCAGAUCCAACAAGCCAAGAAGGAGAAGGAGCCCGAGUACCUGUUGCUCUCAGAGAGGGGGAUGCCCCGACGCCGGGAGUUCAUCAUGCAGGUGAAGGUGAAUAACGAGGUUGCCACGGGAACAGGGCCGAACAAGAAAGUGGCCAAGCGGAACGCGGCCGAGGCGAUGCUGCUGCAGCUGGGAUACAAGGCCUCCACAGUCCCUCAGAGCCCCACCGAGAUGGACAACAAAGGCUGGAACGGACAAAAGGCGUCCUUUACUGAAGCGACAAGUAACACACAGAAAGGUCUGCUCCACCUCAGCCCCGAUGUCUACCAGGAGAUGGAGGCCAGCAGGAAGCAGGGGGGCAGCGCCUCGGGCCCUGGCAGCAACAAUGGCAACUCCGUCAACUACAUACCAUCCAAAGACAUGGGGCCCUGCUCUGCCCCGCUGCCCCCAGGACACCCUCCGUACUACAGCGGCUCACCCUCUUCACCCAGCCCGACUGCUACCAUGGCCAGGGAGCUGCUCCUUAAUGGCCAGUCACCCACUGCUGACGCCUCCCUGCCCCUAAAAGGGAAGAACCCGGCUCUGGCCUGUGGCGUCUCGGUGCAGCCCGCACAGCAGUUGGACUACCUGGCUCGCAUCCAGGGCUUCCAGGUGCAGUACACUGAUGCGCAGAGUGGUAAGGAUUUUGUGACCUAUCUGACCCUCUCCCCUGUGCAAAUGACUUUCCACGGCACUGGGAGCACCCUCCAAGCCAGCCAUGACCAGGCUGCUCUAAGUGCCUUGAAACAGCUGUCCGAGCAGGGACUGGACCCGGUGGACGGCCCCAUCAAGACCAGUGAACCAUGUGGGAGGGAGGACGGACAUUAAACAGACUAACUCAGGCACCACCACUCAGGUCUGCAAGGAUUCAAAGGCUGUCGUCUAGGAGCUGACCCUCCCCCCCCUUCCUUCUCCUCCUUUUCGGCAUCCACAAACCUUACCAUCCCACCCCUACCUCCCCACCCUUCUCCCUGAUCUCCCGUAACCUGCAGCAACAACCUACACUCCACUACUCCCCGCUACCCCCCCUCCCUCCCCUACCCCCCCCCACCACCCUUACCUCUCCACGUCUCCCCCUUCCCCCCCACGAUCGCCACUGUAUCCUGCAAAACCUGUCGCCAUGCAAUAGGGUGGAUGUGCACCGAGAAAUGACCGACUAAAACACCAUUACCUGAGUCUAUGUGAAGACAACGCUAUCCUAACACGUUUAUCGAUGAUUUCAGUCCAAAUUUAGAGACGAAAAAAAAAGGUGAAGAACUAAAUACAAUGAAAUACAAACUAAUGAGAUAAAUGCAUGGUACUGUAUGAAAAUCCUGGGAAAUCCAAAGUGAUAGACACAUUUCCCUUUGGUUAAAUGUCUGUUGCUAUGGUUAAACAAAUAUGUACAUCAUGCCAUUGAAAUACAACCGAAACAUUUUAGGGGAGAAACCAACUUGCGUACAGUAGCUUAUUUUUUGGGGGGUAUUAUGUUUCGUUUCCUUUUUUUUUUCAGUUUUUUUUUGGUUUUGUUAUUUUAUUAAUCUAACAAUGCUUGAGUACUGUAUUUAAAAUUAACCAAUGCCAGUGCUGUGAAAGUUGUAGUUGUUGUCUUCAUAUAUAGUCACCCAGCUUACCUUGUAUGCUGACAUAAAAAAAAGAGUUCAUCUAUCUAUAUGGAUGUGUAUGACUUGCAAGAGUAUCAUAUUCCGGAAAAUAACCAAGAAAACGUUUUUUUCAUGUGGACAAAACGGACAAAACUGGUGUUAGCAGUAAUCAGUAGACGCGCUGACCGGCCCAGGAGUCAAGGUUGGACCGACGUUUAGUUCCUAAAGGGUCCGCCUGUCCUUUUUUAACAUGCCCCCCCCACCCCUCCCCCUCCACGCACACACUGGCAUAGCAUCACUGGAGCAUCACCUGAUCCAACGGCGGAGAGCGAGGGGACACCACAGUUGUGCUUUUUAAUGAGAUAGAAGAAGAAAAAGAAGAGGCCAGCGGCACCGACAGUGGCUCGUCUUUCGCGCACAAUCUCUCGACGCCAGUAAACUUUUAACGUAGAGUCCGAACUCCGGAGAGUUUGGUACGGCCUGCAUGUCCUCCAGUGAACGGAAAAAAAGAAAAGAAAAAUAAGUCCUCUCUAUUCCAGUGAUUUUGUGUCAGCUGAUCCCCCCCCCUCUCCCUCCCUCUCCCCGUCCCACAGUUUUGUCGAUCACAUCUACACCCAUUGUGUGUGUUGUAUUGACCCACUGAGGCAUCAACUGGGUGCUUUUAACGCCUGCAUUCUGGAGUGCGCCUCUGCAGCGGGGAGAGGGAGCCUGCGUCCGAGCCGCAGACUCCCCUCCUCUUGAAGAAGGCCACUGUAUGAAUCACCUUGUUCACUGACAUUGAGGAUGUGUCUUCUUCUUCGCUGUGAGUGCAAUGUGUAUUAAGGAUGUUUCUGUUAUUGAAAUGCAGUAAAAACACCUCAGUUCAUGUGGAAAAA